AUGCUAACAGGGGCCUGCUGUGACAGACAGGCACACAAAUGCGCACACAAACGCGCACGAACACGCAGUGAGCGAGCCUCCGUGGCAGGCAAUGUUGUGGACCCUUUGGAUGCCAUUGCUGACUAUGGCACGGACGCGCUGCGGUACGCCCUGCUUACGAGCAGUGUCCCUGGAAUGGACGUUCCGGUCAGCAAAGGCGGCCUAGAGAAUGCCAAGGCCUUCGCGAACAAGAUCUGGAACGUAGGAAGAUUCAUCAUUACAGAGCACGAGAAGAAUGCUGAGACCAUUGCCACGAACUUCGAGAGUGGGAUGCAGUUCUCGGAGGAGGAGAUCGCCUCCAUGCCCUGGCUGGAAAGGGCAUUGCUCUCAAAGUGCCAUGGCCUUUGCGAGAGCGUCACGGCGGCCUUGACGGCUAACCGCUUUGCACCACCCACGAAGGAGAUCAAGGAGUUCCUGCAGGAGGAUGUUGCGUCCUGGUAUGUGGAAGCUUCUAAGACCCGGCUACAAGAUCAUCUCGGUGGAGAUCCGAAGAGCCCCGAGGCCGCCACAGCGCAGAAGGUUUUGCUCUACCUCCUGGAGGUAUCUUUGAAGCUUCUGCACCCCUUCAUGCCGUUCGUGACCGAGGCAGUCUGGCAACGGCUGCCACGUACCAAGUCGUCUCCGCGGUCUUUGAUGAUUAGCGCUUGGCCUCAGCCUGCCACGAAACGCGACAAGGAGGCCGAAGGUUGGUUUACCAAGCUCUGCGCUGUGACUUCUGCAGUGCGGAACGCCCGGGCGGAGCAGGGCAUUGCCCCCAAGGAGCGCUUGCCCUUGACCUUCUGGUGCUCCGACGCCGGAUUUCAGGAAGCCCUGCAGAGCGAGCGUUCGGCCCUGUCUUGGCUUGCACGAGCCGAUCCCGACCAGAUCGAGGCUCGUCCCAUGGAAGAGCGACCGGCUGAGACGCCGGAAGGCUGCAUUCGAAUCGUGGCUUCCGAAGAGAUUGAGGUGGACAUGCCAGUGCCGAAGAAGGAGAUCGAUGUGGAAAAGGACCCACGGGCUGAAUGGGGCUUAGUUCCUUUCGAGGAAUAG